CGCCCAAGGAUGUCGUCUAUGUAAGUAGCCUUGACGCUCGAUAGCCUUUUCGUCCCGUCCAACCUGAGUUUUGAUGCAUGACAGCUGACAGCUGACAGCAGACUAGAACGGACCAUUCGAUACCGGGCAUGUUACCUCCUGCACGAUUACCAGGGAUUGUCAAUCCAGUGUCACCAUCCCUGGAAGCAUCUACUAGAGAUAACUACACUAUAUCCACGCCUGGUCUUCACAGGCACUCUGCUCUCUCGCUUCAUGGGCACCUCGAUUAUUACUUGCAAUGGCCAGACCAUUGUCCCUUACAUUGAGGCCAAAAUCGAAAAGAACUUCUUCUCCAACAACAGAGUUUGGAUAUGCUAUCGACGGAACUAUUUCUCUAUCCUUAUAUUAUACGCACUAAACCCACAUAUUAGCAAUAACGGACGCCUCUACCUAACCUGUGGGAACAAGCCAGCAGAACAGAUCCAGUUGAUUGCAAUAUUGUUAUCGGCUGCUGUGGAUAGAGCUACUGGGAAAAACAUCGAACUAAUUUAAUAUACCCCG